GACUAAACGCUGGCUGCAUCCUUCCUCCAGCAGGGCUCUCUCCACUCUCCCUGCUGCACUCUCCUCCUCUUUCUCCUCCAGCUCUGAUUGAAUCCACCCUGGCUGUCUUCCUCACUGACGGUAGCAGCACCAUGCUGUUGCCGUAACACUGUCCUUCCUGCCUGUGUUGCGUCUCUGGAAUACUCGGCUGCCUCUUCCUCCUCCCCCUCUUCCUCCUCCCCCUCUUCCUCCUCAUCUGGUCCAGUCUCAGGGCUCCACGGAGCAGGAUUCUCGCCUCCAGCCGUACGUUUGGCUUUUUCUUUGCUGGAAAGGGGUUCCAGUUACUGGUGGGACUGGCGCUCUCACUCACCAUCUUGCCCAGAUCUGAGGAGGGAGCCGAGUCCGCUCCUCCACCAGGUUUUUGUCUCUCUUGCUCGUCGUGCAAAAAUCUAUUCCAACAGUUACCCCUGAUCUGUUCCCGGAGACCCCCCUUGUGACCCCCCUGUCCUCUGGGCGGGCCGGCCCUGCUCCGCCGAGGGCCCGGAGGCGCAGCAGCACUGAGACUGCAGCCAGGGCCCGGCCCUCUGGCUCACCAGCCCCCCCCAGCAGAGGCAGCAUGGAGGUGGGUAUGCGUGUGGUGCGUGGCUUGGACUGGAAGUGGGGGAACCAGGAUGAUGGCGAGGGCCACGUUGGCACCGUGGUGGAGAUCGGCCGGCAGGGCAGCACCACCACACCGGACAAGACGGUGGUGGUGCAGUGGGACAGCGGCACGCGCACAAACUACCGCACUGGUUACCAGGGCUCCUACGACCUGCUGCUCUACGACAACGCCCAGAUUGGUGUACGCCACUCAAACAUCAUCUGUGACAGCUGCAAGAAGCACGGCAUCAUGGGUAUGCGCUGGAAGUGUAAGGUGUGCUUUGACUACGACCUGUGUACGCAGUGCUACAUGAACAACAAGCAUGACCUCGGCCAUGCCUUCGAGCGCUACGAGACUGCACACUCGCAACCAGUGAGCUUGGCACCGAGGCAGAACCUCCCACGCAUCAUCCUCAGAGGAAUCUUCCAAGGCGUGAAAGUAGUUCGUGGACCGGACUGGGAUUGGGGCAGCCAAGACGGAGGGGAAGGCAAGGUUGGGAAGGUAGUGGACAUUCGUGGCUGGGACACAGAGUCUGGCCGAAGUGUGGCCAGUGUCACAUGGUCCAAUGGCACCACUAAUGUCUACAGAAUGGGUCACAAAGGCAAGGUGGACCUCAAAUACGUAUCAGACGUACAGGGAGGCUUCUACUACAAAGACCACCUUCCAAAGCUAGGAGAGCAUGCUGAGCUGCAGAGGCAGGAGAGUGCAGACAGCCACAACUUCCAGCAGGGAGACAAGGUGAAGUGUCUCCUUGAGGUGGACAUCCUCAGGCAGAUGCAGGAGGGACAUGGAGGUUGGAACCCUAAAAUGGCUGAGUACAUCUGCAGGAUCGGGACGGUCCACAGGAUAACGGAUCGGGGGGAUGUCAGAGUUCAGUACAGCAACAACAUUCGCUGGACUUUCCACCCUGGGGCCCUCACUAAGGUGAAUACUUUUGGUGUUGGAGAGCUGGUGCGGGUGCUGGAGGAUAUGGACAACGUAAAAAGACUUCAGGCCGGCCACGGAGAGUGGACUGAUAGCAUGGCACCUGCUCUAGGCCAGGUUGGCAAGGUGCUGAAGGUUUAUGCGGAUGGGGACCUCCGAGUGGCCUUCGGAGGCCAGACCUGGACCUUUAACCCCGCGUGCCUCUCGGCCCAGUCCCUGGAGGUGGACGCUAACCUCAUGACGGCCGAGAACCCCAUCGAAUCCGGAAACACUGUCAUCUCAGUCCUGGAGAAGCUGCUGUCCCAGUCCACGGAGCAGGACAACCCCAGCCGGCUGGUCAUCGAGGCGGCACACGGUAGUGCGAACAAAGUCAGGGAGCUGGUCCAGAAAUACCCCGACAAGGUGGAUAUCAAGAACCAAGGGAAGACGGCCCUGCAGGUGGCCGCCCACCAGGGCCACAUGGAGGUGGUGAAGGCUCUGCUCCAGGCCAACAGCUCCAUCGAGGUGAAGGAUGAAGAUGGAGACACUGCCCUGCACUACACGGCAUUCGGGAACCAGGCGGAGAUUGCGCGGCUGCUGCUGAGCAAGGGGGCCAAUGUCAACCUGCUGAACAACUCCAUGUGCACGGCCCUGCACAUCGCCGUGAACAAGGGCUUCACUGACGUGGUGCGCGUGCUGACGGAACACUCGGCCGACGUCAACCUCCAGGAUUCGUACGGUGACACACCGCUUCACGACGCCAUCGCCAAAGACUUCCGGAACAUCAUUGAGAUUCUGGUGGUGGUCCCCAGCGUUGACUUCACCCAGCAGAAUAACCGAGGCUUCAACCUGCUGCACCACGCUGCUCUCAAAGGCAACAAGCUGGCCACUGAGAAGAUCCUGGCCAGAGCGCGUCAGCUGGUGGACGUCAAGAAGGACGACGGCUUCUCAGCUCUGCACCUGGCGGCCCUCAACAACCACAGAGACGUGGCUGAGAUCCUCAUGAAGGAGGGCCGCUGUGACGUCAACAUCCGCAACAACCGCCACCAGACGCCCCUGCAGCUGGCGGUGACGCAAGGCCACGGGGACCUGCUGCAGCUGCUGGUGGCCGAGGGGGCCGACGUCAACGUGGAGGACGAGGACGGCGACACGGCCAUGCACGUGGCUCUGAGCCGGCCGCAGCUGGCCAACGCCACGCUGGCCCCCGCCGCCGCGCCCCUCGCCAUCCCCGCCACCACCACCAACGCCCCCCCGGCCCCCCUGGGGGGCGAGGGCUCCUCCUCACUCUACUGCCGGUUGAGUGGUUCGGGAUUGCUGGGGAACACAGAGCUGAGCGUGGGUGCUGCCAUUGCCUGCUUCCUGGCGCAGGAAGGCGCCGACAUUAACUACGCCAACCACAAAGGCAAGAGUCCGUUAGACCUGGUGGCAGAUAGUGCUGUGCUGCAACUCAUCAAGAACUUCUCCGAGAAGCACAGGUUGCAGAGGCUGCAGGCCAUCACGUGUGGCCAGAGCCUGAGCAGUGGCAGUCUGCGGCGGGUCCACACCACACCCAACACCAUGACCAACCUGGCCAUGCCCGCCCCUCCAGGGCCCAGCGAGUGCCUCAUCUGCUCUGAGCUGGCCCUGCUCAUUCUCUUCUGCCCCUGCCAGCACAGCGUCGCCUGCGAAGAGUGUGCCCAUCGAAUGAAGAAAUGCAUCAAAUGCCAGGUCACAAUCACCAAGAAAAUAAGACAAGACCAGACAGAGGUGGACUGCAGCCCGGUCUCUGAGAACUCGGAGCAGCACAACCUGCUGGAGCAGCUGCAGUGUCGCUACCGGCAGAUGGAGGAGCGCAUCACCUGCCCCAUCUGCAUCGACAACCACAUCAAGCUGGUCUUCCAGUGCGGGCACGCCUCCUGCAUCGACUGCAGCGCCGCGCUCAAGACCUGCCCCAUCUGCCGGCAGACCAUCCGGGAGCGCAUCCAGCUCUUCGUCUGACCUUUGACCCCCCCCUCUCCUAUCGCCCGUCUUCUUUCCCACCAACCCCCAUACCACCACCACCACAACCCGUUUCUCAAAGGUCCCUUCUCUCCCGCCCGCCAGUUGAGUUGUGAGGGACCACGUGGGUGACUGGUCUGUGGGCGAUGAUAUUCAGCCAUGCUAGCGGCCGUCCGUGUCUCUGUCCCUGGUGGUGAGUAGCUCUCUGUCACCUGCGCUGCGUCACGUGGAGCGGCUCCACACCAGCCUGUUCUCCAAGGUUCCCACGCCGUGUUGUGUUUGAACUAGUCUUGCACGGGACAGGACACCGUCGUGCUAACUGUGUUGCUGCCCGCCACUGCAUGGAAAAAAAGGUUUGUCCCCUCUUGACGAGCGACAGCUGUGGAGCAGCUUGGGUCGGAUCAUGUGAGGAGAGGGUGACGUGCUCAUCCCUUCUCUCUCAUUGGUGCCCAGGGAGGAAGUCUCUCCACCAAUAGGGUUGAAGUCCCUCCCAGGUGAGGCUGUCUUCCCACCUUCUGAACCCCCCCUCCCUACCUUUGCUGCUUAAAGUGGAUGUCUCCCCCCCCCUCCCCCACACACACACCCGCCUGUCUUGCCUCCCCUGUUUACAAAGCUGCAGAGAAACAGUCUGAUGUCUAACACCCCCCCCCCCCCCCCCCCCUUGACUCCUGUGAAUUCUGUUUGCUCUUGUUUGUAUCAAGCUCUUUGUAAUCAGUGUUAGUCUCUGGAGAGGGUGAUGGUAUAACUAAAGGCUCUCUGUAUAGUCCUUUCCCUCUCGUCUGUAUGCAGGGGGAAACCCUUUAUAUGCAUGAGUAUAUGCAUACUGUAAAGCUGAAAAGACUUUGUGUGUUGUGGGUUUUUGGUUACAUUUGUGGUUCUAUGUAAUGGUAAUUAGUACAUAUUUAUUUAUGUCUGAAAGGUGUUUCUAUUUAGCAAUGUCUUAUUAUUUUUUAUGUUUGCUUGGCAACAAGGAUUUUUCUGCUUAAACGCACCCCAAGCCUAUGUCCUCUACUCAGGGUCUAGAAUCAUUGAAAGCACUUGCAAAACUGCAAAAGGUUGUGAAACGGUUUAAAAGUCAACUCCCUUUUUUACAUGUAGAGUUGUCCAGACAAUUUUGGUGUGCGUUCACCAAAGGAAAAUUAAUUUAACUCAACAGAAACAGACACGAACGUUGGUUCAACGGCAAAAUCUCAUCUAGCUCACUUCAACCUUACCUUUAAUGCUUAGUUAUACAAUGAAUGUUUAUCAUAUUGUAGUGGUUUCCUUUAUAAAUAGUGCAAGUCAUUAUCCUUACACCAUCACUCAGCACAUAUAGAGCACCGCUUGGUUUUGUAGCUUCUCCGCUUCACAUCGAAAGCAUGAUCUGCGACCUCUGAAGCCUGCCUGAAGAGGGGGUGUCUGCAGUCCUGUGUGGGCUACAUGGGAAGGGUGCUAGCUGUGUGCUAGCAUCAUCUUGAUAACCCCGCUCCACACCUCAGGUCAGCUUCAGACUCUGUGUCUGGAGGCAGGUGGGCUCGCUGCAUGAAGGAACGUCACCAUAACCACUAAUGAAAACAGAAUAGAAAGGAGUACAAGACAACACGGUGGGAACUCCACCAAAUCAGAGCCAAACAUCUCAUUUUGGUUCAUCAAAUCAUAAAGGCGAAUAAGGCCAUCGGUUUUCUUUUCAUGUCGGAUGUUUCGCUUUGAUGCAGAUGUAUUGUAAACAUUUUAAAUUAGAAGGACAGGAAUAAUUCUGUGUUGCAUCUAUAGUUAACGUCCCGCAUCCUUGUCAAGCCUACUUAGAAGAUGUCCUUCCUCUGUCCACAUUUUUGGCAAGCAUUUUGGAUUGUAUUUCAUUUCAUUCUUUGUAAUAUUUAGGUUGUUUUCAGAAGGGCUUAUGCAUUUAAGACAAAAUUGUAUCUAUUUUAUUCUAUUUAAUUUUUUCUAUUGUAAACUUCCAGAGUGGGGUUUUUGUAGAUCCCAGAUUUGGGAGAGCCAAUAUUAAGAUGUACAUUUGAAUGUCAGAAAAUGUAACCUGUUUUACUCUGCCUUUUUGUGGAAAGGUUGUGAAGAUUUUCAUGAGAAGGAGACAGCGAGGGAGAGUGAGAGAAAAAGGAAGGUUUAUUGUGAAGGUUUACUCACGAGAAGUACCACUGCACCAGUGCCAAAUUUGUCAAAGGAUGUGCACAUGCCUGCACGCCCUAUUACUAUGCUGAACUGAGCCUAUACAAGGUUAAAGGCACUAAAACUAAGUAACUAAAGCCCAUCAGUUAAACUGGUGGCUCCCUUACUUGGCUUUCAAAUACAUUGGUCCUUUUCUCUCCAAAGACUGUCAGCUGAUUUGUCCGUUGAGCAGUAGAAUGACUAGUGUCUGAGGGUCCGUUAAUACUGCUUAGAAAGUUGGGAUGACAGUGUGUAGUUUUAACAUCCUCUGUGUCCAUCCAGCAGAGGUAUCAAAGUAUCAAACCAACACGGACACAGUCCUGCUCACCCCGACUAACAACAGAUGUCUCGGAACAGUUUUCCAAAAUCCAUAUAAUCAAUCCCAUUUUUGUAUGGCACAUAAAGAAUUUAAAGAAGCAUUUCUUAUGCCUUGUCAAAAUAACUAGAGAUAAUUUUCAAAAUUAUUUUCUGGUGCUACAAGGUUGGUCAAGCAAGUACAGUGUGCACAGGCAAUAAUGUUAAGAAGAACUUGGAGGUUUGAGGUUUUUACAAGAGGAUUGCAUUAGAAAAAGCAUUACAUAAAAUACUAUUAAAGCAACAGAUGUUACUAUUGGUGUUUGUACAGUACAGCUCUUGGAGUGCUCAUGUUGGCCUUACUGUCCAUUCCUCCUUUUGUUGAUGUUUUUUUUUUCAGUUGUAUUCUGUACUAAAAUAUUUUGCAAUAAAUAUGGAACUGUUUUAUAAGGACA